CGGCGGGGCGAGGCGGGGCGGGGCGGCGAUGGCGGCGGCGGCGGGGCGGCGCGGGGGCGGCUGCCUGCUGCUGGGCGCCGCGGGCGUCGGCAAGAGCCUGCUGGGGAAGCGGCUCCGCCAGCUGAGCUCCCGGGACGGGGCCGAGGAGCUGGGCGAGCCCCCGGCCACGCUGCCCACGGUGGGCACCAACCUGACGGAGCUGCCGCUGCCGCCGAAGGUGACGGUGCGGGAGCUGGGCGGCUGCAUGGGCCCCAUCUGGCCCAGCUACUACGGGGAGUGCGGCGCCGUGAUGUUCGUGAUCGACGCCGCCGACCCCACCCAGGUGUCCUCGUCCUGCGUCCAGCUGCUGGCCCUGCUGUCCGCCGAGCAGCUCGCCGCCGUGCCCGUGCUGGUCCUCUUCAACAAGACUGACCUGCCCUGCUACAUGUCGCUGGUGGAGAUGAAGUCGCUGUUCCGCAUGCAAGACAUCGUCUCCUGCGCUACGCAGCCCAUCACGAUUCUGGAGGCCAGCGCGCGCGACGGCACCGGGCUGGCUGACGUCCUGCAGUGGCUGAAGGACACCUUCAGGGACCCCAGCUGAGCUGCCCUGCCCUGCCCCGCGCGGGGCUUGGGCAGUGCCCCGGGCUGGUGGCAGGGGGCAGCUCUUUAGGACUUCACAGUAAAACUGCGAAACUUCCA